CCUUACCGGGCCCUACCUGCCUCACAUAGCAAGAGCUACUCCAACGCGAGCAAGAAAAAAUAAAAGCCAAAGAUGAAACCCCAUACCCAACUCCGAUCGAGGAGACGGCGCAAAGUUUGCUGCUAAAGACCUUCCAGCGACAACAGCAAUUCCACAUGAAAAUGCAGCGACCUCGGACCGUACCUUCGCUGGCCGCCGACUUCCUGCAUUCGCGGACGGAAGUCGAGAACAUGGUCAUGAACUACUUUUAUCUGUAUUUGGAUCUGAUGGAGGGGCAUGAGGAGCUGGAGCUUGACCGCCAUCAAUUGGCACGCCUCACGAAACUUGACACAGAAGGCGGAGAGGUCGUCGACGCUUCUGCCCUCUGCCGCGAUCGAUUUCCACGGCUUCAGGAGAUGUGCGAUCGCGGCAUCCCGACCAACUCGUUUAUGUGGGUCAAGGUACCGCUCGACCUAAACCUCCUCCUUCCCGGCGAAUUCCACAACGUCAGCGUCCUGGAAACUAACCGGCCACGUACCAUCGAAUGCACAACCACCGUAUACCAUUUCGGCCAACGUAUCCUCGAAACCAAAGAAAUCCAAUGCCCGACCGCCCACGGCCCCCCAUCGUCGCAUCACAUAAAAGAUAGCUUCAACGAUGCCCAUACACAACCGUACCACCACGCGUACGCCACACGCAGCUCGUCACGCCGGGGCAGCUAUCAAAGUGCUUGCCUGUCGGGUGCGGGCAGCGAAGACCGGACCAACAACAUCGGGACGUUACCGCUCAACAAACGCAACUUAUAUCAUUUUGAUUUCGUCAAACGCUUUUUUUCGACGUUUUUGGCCGGCUUGCAUUGCUUCGAAAUGGAGGUGGAGAAGCGUAUUGCGGUCGAUAAUUUGAGCGUUAUGCAGGUCUUCGAAGAUAUUUCCCCAGCCUUCGAUCUCCCUCACUCGCAGAACCCACCUCUCCUCUGCGUCUGCUACCAGUUCGAAUGUGGAAAAGGCGACGCCAAAUCCCACUUUAUCAAAAACCGUUGAAAGACAACCCUACGCCCCGACUCGGGCCACGACAUAUAUUAUAUCACCCGACCCCCCCACUGCACAAACCGCCGUGUAUUUUGGACAGCCUUCCCCAUCAUUUUUGUUGAAGCAAAGUCAAGUGUAGAAAUUGUUUGAACCGAGGGACUAUAUGCCCUUCAGACCUUGUGAAUUUUUUUGGGACUCUUGUUUCAUCCUGCCGGAAACAAGUAUCACCUUAUUUAUUGUUCUUCACCCUGUUAGAUUUUGUAAAGUUGUUUUUUUUUGGAUAUAACUAACU